UGACCUGAAUAUGACGUCGGCCGCGAGGAAAAGACAACCGAAACGUCACUAGCUUUGUUUCGCGACAUUCUUUAAUUGUAUCGUGGAUUAAAUGACACUUGAAUGGCACUUUAACGUCUUAAGCAGUUUCACGCCCGCCAUGACCCGUUGACAUCGGGCAGUCUUUAUUGUUCAGUGUCCGCGUCCGCUUCCUGCCAUGUCUCGCAACCAGCGCCACCAACCACCUCUGUCCAACGCCGACCUCUGGCCUUCUCUGGGAUCCACCAGUUUUUCAGACUGCCGUCGCCCCUCGCCAGACCACGAUUUGUACAGGUCCCGCUCAGAGUCUGGAAUGUUGCCCUUAUCCUCCUCCUAUCAUUUGUCUUCCUCAUCCCGAAGCUCGCCGUCAUUCAGCGCUCACAGCAUCCUGAGCAGCUGCGGUCUGGAGUCCGAUGACUUGUCGCUCCUUGCUGAGCUUCCUGAAGACGCCUUGACUGUGGAGUCGCUGCCACAACUCCUCCAUCAGAUUAAAUCAGACAGAAGUACGUUCCAGCCUCCUCCUGCUUCUUGGUCUCACUUGCCAAGCUCGGCAAAUCAACCCACAAACUGGAGGGACUGGCAGGAUCCCCGGUGGAGUCCCAGGACAUAUGGUUCUGUCUUCCAUAGAGACUCCCCUCCACCAUCCUCAUCCUACUACGACAUGGACACCUGGCCGGCCUAUUCUGGGGAAGAUGCCCAACCAGGAAGACCAGCAAAAAACAUUCCCUCCCUUUUCUCCCUGCCUGGCCCAGCUAACAGGUUCUUUGUGCCUCCCAUGGAGCCCCAACUGAGAACUGGGUGGGAACAAGGUCUUCCUGACGCCUAUUACAAUGAGCCCACCAGGUGCACCAUGCCCUGCAAAAGAGAAGCACAGGACUUCCAUGGCACAGCUCCUGGGACGUACCCGUACUCGUGUUCUCUGUGUAAUGUCACUGUACUCUCAGAGAAGAACUGGAACAAGCACAUCAACAACCCCCACCAUGCAGCUAGACAACUCGGCCUACUGCAGCGCUUUCCGAUGUGGGACUGCCGCUUGGAGACCGUCAACAGUGCUGGCAAGCAAUCAGAGAAGAAGAGGGAAGACCACAGCAAGUCGCGUGCCGUUAAGACUGUGGCGAAGAAGGCGGCCAACAGAAGCAAUGUGGUGUGCGUCAAGUUUCCCGCUCAGUCUGUGGACGAGUCAUACCUCAGAAAACUGGCAGAACCCUUCGGCAAGAUCACCAACAUCCUUGUGUUUGCCUCACUAGCCUUUCUGGAGAUGGGCUCUGCCGACCAGGCAAAGGAGUUGGUGAAGUCCCACAGCCAAAGCCCUCCAAAUGUGAACGGCCAGCAAAUUGGCUUUAGCAUCUCCAACUCCUUCAACUUUGUGAAGAACUGUCGCGUACUCCACUUCACACCGCCGCCAGAAGGAGACGACGACAGGUCGGACCUCCUAAGUGUCGUCAAACGCUUCGGCCAGCCUUUCUACACGCUCUUCUUGCCAUGUGGGGCGUUUAUUGAGAUGAAAAGUCUCAAGGAUGCGCAGAAGUUGGUAGAUUAUUAUUCCUCCAACACCCUGAAGAUCAAUGACAAAGUCCUCCAAGUUUCCUUCUCUGCAGAAUACUCAAGUCUCACGAAAGCUUCAUCUGCUCAGCGUUAUGAAGAAGAAUCAAACAAGAGGACGAGGAGCAGACAUGAAGACAUCCUGGCCAAUGAGUCCAGAAAGAGGAGGAAAGAAGAGCACAGGUCCAAGUCCAGGGAGAGGAAGGCCAGGUCCAGGUCCAAGUCCAAGGAGAGGAAGGCCCGCUCCAAGUCUAGGGAGGAAAAGGCCAAGUCCCAGUUCCAAGAGAGGUCCAGCAGUUCCAUUUCCAAGAUGACAGAAGAAGAGAAGCCUGAGAAGCCUGAGUCCAGUUCUGCUUCUGCUGCAGCUCUGCUAAAACCUUCAGAAGACGGACAUGACAAAGACCAAAGCAUCUUGGACGACUUCUCCGAAGAGGAGAGCGACAUUGAGGGAAUGGAGGUGAUGGGUGAGGAUGGAGAGGACCUGGAGGCGGAUGACAUGGAAACGCUGGAGGAAGCUGAGGAAGAAAUGGAAAAGGAGCAAGAAGCUGACAUGGAAGACCACUGGCCUGGACCUGAAGGUGAGAAAAGGGAGGAGGGGGAUUGUGAGGCUGAUGGUGGGAAGUGUGAUGAAGAGCGACAUUCCAACAGCAAAGAGCCCAAAGAUGAGCAGGAAGCGGAGGUCCCAGUGAGUACAGGAGAAUGCAUCACCGUGGAAAAACCAGUCGUUCAUGCGGCAUAUGAUCACAACACAGGUGAAGACGAUGACGACGAUGACCCGCAGCAAGUGUCUCGAGUGGUUUUCUUCAACAACCUGCCGUUGCGCUACUGCAACGCCAAAAGCUUCAUCAAUCUGUCCAAGGGACUGGGGAGGCAGGUCCGCUACAUCCUGUUGCACGGCCAAAUGAAGGGUUUCAUAGAGAUGUCGAAUACUGCAGAGGCUGUCAGAGUCGCCAACGAACUCAACUUCUUCUUUAAGAACACGCAAACUGUCGUCCUGAUCUCCAACAAAUAUCGACGCUUAACCAAAGGGUGUAGGAUCCACGACCCAGACCAGCCCAGGAGCGGGAGUAGCAGGCAGAGCGACCAGCACAAAGACUCCAGGACAAAAGACCAAGAAGAGUCCCAACACAGAAGAAAGUCCUCCAGAUCGUGCCAGGAGGAAGAAAGGGAAAAGUCAAUCAGAAAGGCACAUGAGAAACAAUCAGCAUCCAGAAACACUUCAGAGAGUGAGUCCAAGUCUGGGAAGAGUCAGCAGAUCAAGUCAGAGAAGCAGUCAUCUGGCAGGAAAGGUCAGGAGAAUAGUUCAGCAGGCGAGAAGACUCUGAAGACCGAGUCAGAGGAAGGUAAGUUUCAGAAGAUUGAGCCCAGAAAGACUGCAGAUGCGCUACAGAAAUGUGGAGAGAUGCCAGAGAGAGAAGGUGUUUCCUCUAAGGCGUCAGAGGACAUCAAUGCCAUCCCACAGACUGAAAUAACGGACUCUAAACAGGACCGAAGUCGAGAAGAUGGCUUCUGUGAGACAAGAAAAGCACCCCCCGAGAUCGACUCGGUGCCUCAAAAGACAAGUCAAACAUCGGGUGAAAGUUCAGAGAAACAUGGUCAGAACCCCUCUGAAGCACAGUCAGCUGCUUUGGCGGAUAAGUCGCAUCAGGAAGCUGCCGAUGGACCUCCAAGUGCCCCACCACCUCUCCAGCCCGUUGGGACCGAGUUUGUGCGUCCGGUGGUCGGAUACUUUUGCAACUUGUGUCAGCUCAUCUACGUUGAUGAAGACGAGGCCAAAGUGCAACACUGCAGCAGCCGCCAGCACCACGACAAGUAUCAGGAAAAGAUGAAAACUGUGAGCUGAAAGAAUUGUUUUCGUCAACUUUUUACGUUUCAUGUCACACUUUAAUGAAACCUUUCACAAUAAAGCUUUGUGACGAGU